ACUGUCGUUAUUGCUGUUUGCCAAAUAAUUCAACAAUGAAGUUAAUUUAUUUAUAUAUUAAGUUAAUUUUUACAUUAAAGAAUUACUUUUACCGCUGAAAUCACCCGCCAACUUUUUACCACGCUGACCAAUGCCCGUCUUUCGCGCCACAGGAAGCUGAUUCGAAAGCAGAAAUCAGCCCCUUUCUCCCGCCAUCUUGCGUCGCAUCAGGGAAGCCUGCGAACCCAAGAACACGCGUCGCCGAUCUAUUUAAUCCUGCGUGCUUCGAUUCCUCCCAACUGCUCCUCGCCUCUUCUUUGGCUUCCUCCUCGCCCUCUCCGGUCUCGUUGAUCUGCUGGUAGCGGAUGUAAUGACGACCUACUCACAGGAGCCUCGAGACCUCGCAUUUGAGAUGGCGGACAUCCGAUACGUUGUGUGGGAUCUGGAAUCCCCGAUCGCGUCAUCCUCCGAGCCCUGACUCUUGCCGGAUGGAACACAAACCGCGCCAUCAACAUUCUCUUCGACACCCCCAUGCUGGUGGCUGCUGACGAUCCAUUGCCUUUCGAAUCCUGUGAUGAUGGCUUCCCCGGCGCCGCAAGGGCCCAUUUCACCCCAUACCUCAAUCCGCGCCCGAUUUCAGCUUUAAGACCUGAUAUCGCCUAUCGGAGGCUUCAAUCGUUCUCUGCUCCAGAGACAGCAGAGCUUGAAGAGCUUCCUGUGGAUCCUGUUUGGUUUCUUGUGGCGAAGACUUGUGUCGCUGGCCUGUCAACCUGCAGAGGGAAGAAGCAGCUAGAUGCCGACGAGAUUGUUCACUUCUCCUUUCCAUCCUUCGAGAAGAUCAAUACGAUUGGUAGGCGAUGGCUGGGCUCAAAGACGGAAGCGGCAGUGUCUCAGAUCGUGCGCUUCUCAACCAAGCGUGGUGGUGAGAUAGGGAGGUUUAAACCAGAGUGGAGUAAAUGCCUCAUUCCACUUGUGGGGUCGUCCAAAGUGAUGAUUCGUGGGCGAUGCGUAUUCUCAACCGUGCAACUUAGCUUAAUGCAAGAGAUUAAAUUAAAUGUCAGCUUUUACAUUCACAGUUCAAUAUUCACUCCGGGGGACAAAUCCUCUUGGAAGCUUGGGACUCCAUCAAAUCCUGAUUAUACUGUCCAUCCUCUUCACACUUUAUUCAAACUGCUGAAGAUAAAGCAAUUUAAAAGGGCUGACUUUACUCCUGAAGAACUGAACAAGCGAAAGAGAUCGCUAAACCUAGAAGAUGCUGAUGAAGAUGAAUCUAUGCAAAUAGCAGGCCUCAGAAAGCAACAGAGAAGGGGCCAAACUUAUCCUGAACGAAGCAAGGGUGAGCAAGCAAUCUCGGAAUCAUCUCUGAAUAAACUUGUUGGGGCUGCUGAGAUUUAUGAUUUAGAGGAAGCAGAGCCCCCAUGUACCCUUGUUUCUGAUCUACAUCCGUACCAGAAACAAGCUCUUUACUGGAUGUCUGAAUUGGAGAAAGGAAUUGAUGUUGAGCAAGCAUCCAAAACUCUUCAUCCAUGUUGGUCUGCAUACAACAUUCUUGACAAAAGAGUAUCUGCGGUGUAUGUAAAUGUCUUCACAGGCGAAGCUACGACUCAAUUUCCAAGUGCUAUGCAGAUGGCAAGAGGCGGAAUCUUGGCAGAUGCAAUGGGUCUAGGGAAGACUGUCAUGACAAUCGCUUUAAUACUUGCAAGACCCAGUGGAGAAAGGUCAGAUGACCAGGACACUUUUAUGAAGUGUCGUAAAGGCUCAAAGGAAGUGCAAAAGGCCAAAAGAAAAAUUUCCAAAGUAAAAGGUGGCACCCUAAUUGUGUGUCCAAUGGCAUUGUUGGGCCAAUGGAAGGAUGAGCUGGAAAACCAUUCAAAGCCAGGGUCAUUGUCUGUCUUUGUUUAUUAUGGUGGUGACAGAUUAAAUGACCUUAAAGUGAUCUCUGAACAUGAUGUGGUUUUAACAACAUAUGGAGUCUUGGCAUCAGCUUAUAAAUCUGACCCAGAAAAGAUUAGCAUCUUCCAUGAAAUAGAUUGGUACAGAGUGGUGCUAGAUGAAGCCCACAGCAUCAAAUCGUCAAAGACAGUAGUUGCUCAAUCAGCCUACGCAUUGAAUGCAUACUCAAGGUGGUGCCUAACGGGUACUCCUCUUCAGAAUAGCUUGGAAGAUCUCUACAGUCUUCUUUGCUUCUUACAUGUUGAACCGUGGUGCAACUGGGCAUGGUGGCACAAGCUGAUUCAAAGACCUUAUGAGGAUGGGGAUGAACGAGGAUUAAAAUUGGUUAAGGCCAUUCUAAGACCGUUAAUGCUGAGGAGAACAAAGGACACAAAAGAUAGGAAUGGAAAGCCUAUUCUUGUUCUUCCUCCUGCCAAUUUCCGGACUGUAGAAUGUGAACAAUCUGAAGCUGAGCGUGAUUUCUACGAAGCUCUAUUCGAGAGAUCAAAGGUUAGAUUUGAUCAAUUUGUUGCACAAGGCAAAGUUCUUCACAAUUAUGCUUCCAUUUUGGAGCUUCUGCUUCGAUUAAGGCAGUGCUGCAACCAUCCUUUUCUUGUAAUGAGCCGGGGAGACACUCAGCAGUAUGCAGACCUCAAUAAGCUUGCCCGCCGAUUUCUUGUAGCUUCCCAUUUGAAUCCUCUCCCCACACCAGCCUACGUCGAGGAGGUCGUCGAAGGCAUCCGCAGAGGCGAGGUGACCGAGUGCCCAAUUUGUCUGGAGUCAGCUUCCGAUGACCCGGUGCUCACUCCAUGCGCCCACCGGAUGUGCCGGGAGUGCCUGCUCUCGAGCUGGCGAACUCCAGCAGGCGGGCCAUGCCCGAUCUGCCGCAGCCCUCUCAGCAAAGCUGACCUUAUCACAUGCCCAAGCGAGAGCCGAUUCCAGGUCGAUGUGGAGAAGAACUGGAAGGAGUCCUCGAAGGUGACAAAGCUCAUUAAAUACCUCAAGAGAGCUCAGAGGUCAGGGGAGAAGAGCAUUGUCUUCAGCCAGUGGACUGCAUUCUUGGACUUGCUUGAGAUACCUUUGAGGAAAGGGAUUGGUUUCCUGAGGCUCGAUGGCAAGCUGAGCCGGAAGAAGAGGGAGAUUGUGCUGAAGGAGUUCAGUGAGAGCAGAGACAAAAUGGUACUACUUAUGUCACUCAAGGCUGGAGGCGUAGGCUUGAAUCUGACUGCAGCAUCAAAUGUCUUCCUUAUGGAUCCAUGGUGGAAUCCUGCAGUGGAAGAGCAAGCAAUAAUGAGAAUUCACCGAAUCGGGAAGAAACGGCAGGUUCGAGUGAGGAGGUUCAUCGUCAAGGAUUCUGUGGAAGGGAGGAUGCAGCAGGUGCAGGCAAGGAAGCAGAGGAUGAUUGCUGGUGCCCUAACUGAUGAGGAAGUCAGAAGUGCCCGGAUUGAGGAGCUCAAGAUGUUAUUUAGAUAAGAAAUGCCACUAUUUGCACUAACAAUAUCUAAGUAGCGCACAGUUUCACAAAGUAGGCAGCUAAAAAGUCCAUAGCUUCUACCCUCUUUUUGAUUUCCACGUUUCGAGGUGAGUUUCCAUCAAGGUUUUGAGGCAUUCCUUUUGUAGAUUGUUGCACUCAGAAUGCCAUUUUUGUAAAGUCUUUCCUGCCCGUAACAAGUCUGGAUGGACUAUGUUGAAAGGGUGUUUACAUGGAUCUUGAAAUGGGGAUUUAAAAUGUGCAGUUAAAUGUAGUUUAUUA